AUGAGUAUUGCAAACAAUCCUUUGAAAAUUGUGGAUAUAUCGAAAACCGACGAGCAAACAGCAGAGGCUUUACUAGAUGCUGCAACUUCCCAAGGUUUUUUAUUUGUGGAAGGACAUGGUUUUUCUGCUGAGGAAGUUUCUGAUCUAUUCGAUCUCUCCAAGUCCUUCUUUGAAUUGCCAGCAGAUUACAAGCAAAAAUACCUCAUUGAUGAGACUAAUAGUGGCUACACUGAUUACAGAGGUGAGAAUUUGGAUCCUUCCACCCAAAAGCAGGGAGAUCCCAAAGAAGGUUUCAACUUCAGUAGACUUAAUUUUGUCACUGGAGAGCAGGAAAAAGAGGUCCCUGAUUGGUUCACAAAAGAUGAGAAGAAAAUUCAGCUUGUUAAGAAGAUGUCUAUCGAUUUGUUUCAGUUGUCGAUUAGAAUCUUAAGACUUCUUGCAAUAGGAUUGAAGAUCGAGGAUGCAGACGGCGUUGCUGGUGAAGAGUGGUUUGACUCUAGAUUUGCUCCAGAAAAGCCAUCUGGAACAACAUUUAGAUUCCUCCACUAUCCCGGACAGAAAUCUUUGAGUCCGGAGUCUGUUAUUAGAGCUGGAGCUCAUACCGAUUAUGGCUCCAUGACAUUAUUGUUCCAACAAGAGGAUCAAGAAGGAUUGGAGAUUCUUUCUCCAGUUAGUAAAAAGUGGGAGGCUGUUCCUUAUGUUCUGGCAAAUCCAAAGUUUGCUGGUGAAUCAGCUCCUAUUGUUAUAAACAUUGCAGAUCAAUUGUCAUACUGGACUGGUGGUUUGUUGAAGUCAACCGUCCAUCGGGUUAAGUUUCCAGCAAAAGCUCAGGAAACUGGUCAGGAUCGUUACUCGAUUGUCUUUUUCAGUCAUCCUAAUGAUGAAACCUUGUUGGAACCUGUUCCUAGUGACCGUGUGAGAUCUAUCACAGGGAGAGGAGCGAACAAGGAGAAAGUUCCGAUCACAGCUAAACAACAUUUAGAUAAGCGUUUGGCUGCAACUUACAAUUGGAAUUAUUAA